UAAAGCCAUAAUUCUCUUUCAUUUCUUCUUUCUUUUCAGUUGCUCUAAUCCUCUAAUUUACCCCCCGCAUAAAUUCGUUUUAAAACGUUUGUCCAAAUUUGACUCGAGAAACUGUUUCAUCAUGGGGACGAGUGCGCAUGCCCCAGGACGCCCUCGAGUACGUCACCACGCAAGGCGUUGCACUUCCUGGUUACAGUGCGCUGAAUGUUUUGGCAGAUCAAUACCAGGAAGAAAUGCUUCCUUUAGCUUGGAGACGGUUCAGGCUAGACACAGUCCGGUUGACGUUUACUCUCUUCGGUUUCCCGCUUGCUAUCUGCUCCUCAGGAAUAAUAAGGCCUGGGACCUAUUGUUCAUGUCCUUAUCCUGCCAGAUCUUGCAGAAACACCAAUCCUUUCAGCAGCUGCUGCUGUAAUCUCUACAUGGCCAGUGUUGGGGCAAUGUCUUCCUCAAAACUAUUACAUGUGAAGUCCAGAUGCCCACUGUAUCCAGGGUCAGACAUCAAGCGCUUCCCAGUACCUGAUGACAAGGUGGACUGGACUCGGGAGUGGCCCCAGUAUGAACCAGUCUCCUACACGGCCCCUUCAGUGUUGAACCGUCCACAGUGGGCAGAUCCAGAUAUUGGCUCUUUCUCUCCUCAUUUCAAUGCUGUGGAUGAUACUGUGGACAGGAAAAGCUUUGAGGGAAACUACAGGGUGGAAAAUGGAAAGCCUUUAAAUCCCUUUGGGCGCACUGGUUUGACUGGAAGAGGUUUGCUGGGGCGCUGGGGGCCCAAUCAUGCUGCUGAUCCUAUUGUCACAAGGUGGAAGGUAAACAAAAGUGGGGCAAAAACGCAUCACCCAGUCUCCAAACUGCCUGUUUUACAAUUUGUGUCCAUCAAGAGGAACGACUGUGGAGAAUGGGCCAUUCCUGGUGGCAUGGUGGAUCCAGGGGAGCAGGUUUCUGUCACGCUGCAGCGGGAGUUCUCAGAGGAAGCACUGAACUCACUUUCAUUGCCGCCUGCAAAGAAAGAAGAAACAUUCAAGCGCAUCACAGAAUUCUUUAAAUCGGCAGGAGUUCAGGUCUAUAAAGGCUAUGUCGACGAUCCCAGAAACACCGACAAUGCUUGGAUGGAGACGGUCGCUGUCAAUUUUCAUGAUGAAUCAGGCAGCAGCGUGAGCGAGCUGCCGCUACAAGCAGGUGAUGAUGCGGGACAGGUCCAGUGGGUUGACAUGGACUCGUCUCUCGCCCUCUACGCGAGUCACUCCCAUUUCCUGGAGCGGGUCGCCAAAGAGAGGAAAGCUCACUGGUAACCGACCCAACAGACUGGUCUGAUGGAACAGAGGAAAGAUGACCUGCAUGAGUACACGCAUGUAAACCUCGCCUCACUAAUUUAUUUAAUAUAAUCAGAUAUGAUCGUUAGAUCCUGUAUUUAAUAUCUCAGCAUGAUAUGAUGGUGAAGGUUCUCAGUCAUUCAGGUCAAGGUAACCCAAAUGGGUUCAAAUGAAGGCAACUGGACUUCUUUGGUUUCUUGAAGACUAGGGCUGCACAAUAUAUGGUAAAUUUAUCGUUAUCGCGAUAUCAGCAUGCGCAGUAUGCAUAUCGCAAAGAACAAAUAAAUAUUGCUAUGUUUGCUACACAUAAUGCAUUCUGUCAAUCAAACAGACGCAUGAUUUUUUUUAACAAAUCAAAUGGAGCUCUUCACCCAUUAGGCCAACUGGGUGGAUUCUCAUAGGUCAGAGGCCCGCCCCCGAGGCGGACGGCACUUAAUUCUGAUGGUUAGCAAACACCUGAGUUAGCUUUGUUCUGCUUUUCCCGGGAUCCACUGAUUGCCUUUUCUUGUUCAUUUUCUUUUUCCUCACAUCUUUUGCUUUUCUCAUUUUAAUGAUUCUUUUCUUUGUUUUUGAUUAUUUUUGUUUCUGAGUUAAGUUUUUAUUUAUCGCAAGUAAUAUCGUCAUCGCACUAUCAAUCACUGUUAUCGAAUAUCGCGGGGUUUCCUAAAAUCGUGCAGCCCUAUUGAAGACGCUUCGCUUCUCAUCCGAGGAGCUUUGUCAAUUCUGACAGGAAUCUGGGAGAGUCCAGUUUAUAAGCUGUAGAUGUCUGUUGUUUAACGAGCAGAAACUACUCUGAAUACCCCUCUUCCUUAUAUACGAUCCCUAUAUAUAAAGCCUAUAUAUGAUAUAUACAGCGUUACUCUGAGUAUACAUGAAGCUACAAGAAUAAAUCAGUCACUCUGCAGUUUUGUGGUGUUGAGAUGGAGUAAAAAUGGUGGACGAAGCUGUCAGGCUCAUAGACAUUAAUAUGUAGACGCCCCAUUGGGUGCUGGAAAGCGUAGCGUCGCCUCCAUUUUGGAUGGGUCUCCUCACUCUCCAAAGUCAAUGCAGAGUGGGCAACUAUGCCCGUUUUUGUGCAGCUUACGGUUGCAGCAACCAGCGUGCUAUUGAAAACAGAUCAUGUGGGAUUUAUUACAGCAGCUCAGUAGGUAGAGCGGGUUCUCCAGUAAUCGGAAGGUUAAAGACACUUAACCCACCUUGCCUGCUGGUGGUGGUCGGAGGGACUGAUGGCGCCUGUGCUCAGCAGCCUCGCCUCCAUCAGUGCGCCCCAGGGCAGCUGUGGCUGCAUUCUAGCUCAUCACCAUCAGUGUGUUUGUGAAUGGAUGAAUGAAUGAUGCACUGUAGUGUAAAGCUCUUUGGAGUGCUCUGACCCUGAAAGGUGCUAUACAAGUGCAGGUCAUCAUUUAUCAUUAUUAUUGACUUUUUUUAGCCGACCUGAUGAGAAUUUAUAUGAAAUUUUUUAAAAUUAGUUUGUUUAAUUAUGUUUAUAUUUUAAUUAUCAUGCCAUACCAUGUGUUUGAUUUUGUGAAAAAGCUUGAUAAAAUGUGUUUUUUAGUUGGGUAAUUACCUUCCUCAGUAGAAAGGGGAGCGAAUGGAGACCCAUCUAAGAUGGCCGCCAGUCACUACAGCAGCUCCAAUCCACGGGGCGUCUACGUAUAAAUGUCUGUGGUUAUUUAUUAUUUAAAAUCUUUUGGGCGUUCAUUCUGUGUUUCUUCUGAUUGCAUUAAUUGGUUAUUUUUUAAACACAGAAAAAGGUUGUUUUACCUUUUCUGCCGACAGUUUCGACCACUCCUGCAAUCUUCUUCAGAGCUAGCCGCUGUUGGUGGCGUCACUUCCUUCUCUGUUUAAUGUCACAAACACUGGAUUCCAACAGCAAACAUAACCUCAAGAAUCUAUGGAACCCCAAAAGUGCACAAACAGAACACCCCUCUUAGACCAAUAAUAGACACUGACAGCAUCAGGUACACCAACAUACAAUAUGGCAAAAUAAAUCAUCAGCCCACCAAUAGGUAACACAGAUCAAGAUUGCAAAAACAGCACAGAACUGGCAAAAGAACUAAAAACGAUUACAAUAGAAGAUAACGACAUACUCAUCUCACACGACGUUGCAUCGCCUUGAUGGCCGCUCUUGUGGUCGAUCUGCUUUGUUCUACAUGUUUGUGUGUAACCUUGGACAGGCUGUACUGCGGAGACAAAUUUCUAUGCUUCAGGACGCGGGGGCAUUGGCAACAAAGUUGAUUCUGAUUCUGAUCCCUGUUCACAAAAACACCAACUCAAAAAAAACAUCCACAUAGUAGUUAACAGAGUCAGACAGGACAAAACUUUACACUAAAGAACAAAACUCACAGCAGACGACAUAGCACGACUGGUAGCAAACUCCACUUACUUCACAUAUGACGGAACAAUAUACAAACAACUGGAAGGCUUUGCCAUGGAUAACCUGUUAUCAGCCACCCUUGUGAGUUUUUCAUUCAAUUCAAAUUCAAAAAUACUUUAUUAAUCCCAGAGGGAAACUGAUUGGAAGAUCUACGUGAAACAAAAAGCCACUGCCCCCAAACUGCAAAAUAAAAUUAUGGAAAUGCUACGUGGACGACAUACUAAUCCUACUAAAAGGACAAACGGAGACACUAUAGAACACCUGAACAACCUCGACAACUCAAAAGCAUAAAAUAUACAUAUGAGGAAAAAAUUGAAGGCAGCAUAGCCUUCAUGGACAUGAAAAUAAGCAGACAAAAAGACAGGACCCUGAAUAUAAACACAUACAGAAAACACACACAUACCAAUAUUUAUUAUAGAGAUCUGAACACCCUAAAAUGUCAGUAUUCAGAACGUUAUACCAAUGGAAAAUAUAAAAUCAAAAGUACGAGGCCGUAAACAAGAGGAACAACAUAUACAAAAAGCUUUAAAGACCUGCGGAUAACCGACAUGGGCAAUAAACAAAGGAAAACAACAACAGAAAGAAAAGAAUAACCAAAACAAAGAACCAGAAAAACAAGAACCAGAACCAGUGAUAACCCUUCCAUACAUCAAAGGCAUUACAGAAAAAGUAAGAGCAACAAUGAAAAAAAAAAAACACAUAACAUAAACACACCAACAAAACCGCACACAACAGUUAAAAAAGAGUAGAACAUCCAAGGGACAAUAUAUCAGCAGGACAUAAAUAUGGAGACAUUUAUGAAAUCCCAUGCAAACGCUGCAGUAAACCCGAACGACAACUCAACACGAACAAUAGAACAUAGAAAACAAUAAGAAAGAAACAAGUGGAAGACACACCAGAGCAGCGAAGCAAGAAGCAAAAAGUAUAAUAAAGAAAUGAGCCAUAACAGACCCCUGCACAAGGGGAAACCAUAUCAUGGACUGGUAAUAACAAAAUUACAAAAGCUGGAUUAAGGAUGCUAUAGAAAUAAGUAGACGUGGACACACAACCAUGAACGAAGACGAGGGGGUCUACACAUUGGAUCACGCACGGGACUGUGUCAUUGUUGAGGAGAGAGCAGGCAGCAGAGGGUGACACUGUCCUCUGCUGCCCGCGGGUAAAUGGAGAAGGAAGUAACGCCGCCAACAGCGGCUAGCUCUGAAGAAGCCCGCAGGAGAAGUCAAAACGUCCGUGGUUAGUACUAACAGGCUGUUUUCCCGCUCCUCUGCUCACAUUGAUGCAUGCCAUUCAGCUGCAUAUAUUCUUCAUAAUUACUGCCACAAACACUGAACAAUUCAAUUUUUUUCCUUUACAUGUUUUUCUUUAGGCCAGUUUACUCAUUUGAUUGGUAAAGCUGCUCCUACGAGAAGAAGGGAGGAAUAUCUGUAAUUGGGUUCAUGAAGUUUGAACCUCUUACUAGAAAGCCCUAAUUAAAUUAGUGCCAGUUCUUAGAAGGCACCGCAAAUCAAUCCUGCCUUCUGUUUUUGCUCUCAUCACAUCUCAGGUCACAUCUUUUACAAAACUCAAGCGCUGACCACGGCACCGAUGAUUGAGCAAGUCCUUUUUUCUGAUGCUCUUUAAGUUUUUGCAUGAAAGCUUCUCUUCACCCCCACUGGAGCAUUUUCUGCACAAGCACUAAUAGCAUUUGUUGUUGUGGGAACAGAGGGUGUUCCCUGUGCAGAUGGUGGUGUGUGAGCGGCUAUUAUCUCAGUCAGAAUCCUUUAUCUUCUCGACUUUAAGGGAUUUUAUUUCAAACGAAAUAAAAUAAAAAUAGAACAGCUUUAUAAUUCUAUACUGAAUUGUGUUGAUGGUUUACCUUCUCUUUAUUUGAUAAGUGAUGUUUACUAGUCUUGCACCGAAAUAGCUGACACCAAAAUGCUUCAUAACCUGCUUUCUUUGAGAUUAUGUGAAGUUAUAGAUAAUUUUAAUGCCUGAGUUUGUUGAACAAUGAUUUAAACAUUUUCUCUGUGGAAAGUAACCGACUCAUUAAAUGUCUCACUUGGUCACAAGCUACAUUAAUGUCUGAUGUACAAAUUUUGUGUCAUGUCAAUAAAAAAUAUAUAAAUAAACAUAUCCUAUUGAAUUUA